GGAAAAAGAUGUUUGAACCACACGCAAGUUGAAUUGUAAUUUCCCCUAAUAGCAGCUGUAAAAUUCUUUUCAAAUGCAACCUUUUAAAGUUGAUUCUUUCUAAGUCUGUGGUGGAUAGCUUUCAGUCCUACAUUAUUGAGGCUGCUUCGAUAACUUGCCUCUGUAAUUUGAGAGAGAAGUUUGUUUUACUGACUACUCAACGGAUGGAAGCUGGAUUUGGAGGACUCGUUGUACAUUCUUUUCCUCAAACAAUGCAGCCUAAACCAUCUAGUUUCUCAAUCAUUUGCCUCGUUGUGAGGAAGAUGAGAUGUUUGAAGGACAUCAGGUUUUGCUUUUAGUGCUUUUUUUUUUCCCCGGAUUACAAAAACACUGAAAAACAACAGGCGCCUGGAAAGCAGCCAGCUGCAGCACUAUAACGUUUGGAAAUACAAAAGGUCUUCGAGGACGCAGUGUGCUGCUGGUGUAAUGCUACAAAUUUGGAGUGCUUGGUAUUGUCAGCAGCACUUUCCCACAGGUACUGGAGAAGUACCCAAACACACCAAUGAGCCACAAGGAGAUCUUACAAGUCAUCCAGCGUGAAGGACUCAAGGAGAUCAGUGGCACCUCUCCAUUGGCUUGCUUGAAUGCUAUGCUUCACACAAAUUCUAGGGGAGAAGAGGGUAUUUUCUAUAAGGUACCUGGCCGCAUGGGAGUCUAUACUUUGAAGAAGGAUGUCCCAGAUGAAAUGAAGGAGCUGUCCGAAAUGUGGGAUGAUAGCAGUGAUGCUCACUCAGACUCGCAGAGCACAGAGAGCAAUGAGAAAAGGGAAAGAAAGAGAAUUUCAUCCAGGUUAUCAUCUCAACCAGCGUCACCUCAGUCGAGUUGCCCCUCCCCUUCCAUCCCACAAAAUAAGAUUAUGUCUCCGUCCCAGAAGCACAGCAAGAAGGCCCUCAAGCAGGCCCUCAAACAGCAGCAACAGAGAAAGCAGUGUCGGCCUGGCUUACCAGUGUCGUCCAACCCAAGGCUGCUACUGAAGUCUGUAAAAGCUACUGACCAGACCGCUUCCAAGACUGGUUGGGAAAUGAAACAAUCAGAUGGGUGUUCAACAAGCCCUCAGAAUUCAACCUGCAGUUCAUCAUCAUCUGGCAAAAUGGAACAAACCCUGCCAGGACUGGGCAGGAAGCCCUGUCAGAGGUCUGAGAGACUCAAUGCAAGACAGCUGAAAAGGACAAAAGCCACUGACAUUGAUGUGGAGACACCGGACUCCAUACUUGUAAACACAAAUUUGCGGGCUCUUAUAAAUAAGCACACUUUUUCUGUUUUCCCUGGAGACUUCCAGCAACGACUGCUUCUCCUGCUUCCUGAGGUGGACAGACAGGUGGGUACAGAUGGUUUGAUGCGUUUGAGCACCUCAGCUCUGAAUAAUGAAUUCUUUACUUCUGCAGCCCAGGGCUGGAAGGAACGGUUAUCAGAAGGAGAGUUCACUCCAGAGAUGCAGCUGCGAAUACGACAAGAGAUAGAAAAAGAAAAGAAGGUGGAACAAUGGAAGGAAAGUUUUUUUGAGAAUUACUAUGGUCAAAAUUCUGGCAUAAGUCUGGAAGACUCAGAAAAGCUGACUGCAUUGUCGAAUAAUGUUGAGGAUUGUCAACGCCCUCCAUCCAAACAAGCCCUUCUGCAAUCAGUCAUGCAAGAAACUUCCAUCAAGGCAGAAACACCAGUUGAGCCAAAAGGAGAAACUGACCACAAAGCAAUAACCAAAGAAGCAGGGAUGCUAAAAGUAGAAGAAAAGGUUGAAGAUACAGAGAAAUCAGCAGCCUCUUCAGAACAAUGUGGCACCAAACCAAUUCCAGCUAUUAAAAACCAUGAAGACAAUAGAUCUUCGGAGAUUAGCGCCCUGCCUGAGAAGAAGGUGGACCUUGACCAUAUUACUUCAGUGCUGCAGCAAGAUAAUCAAACAUCAAAAGUAGGCUCUAUUAUUUCCCCAGAGGCUAAAGCCUUGGUACCUAAGCCAAAAUUAGACCAAAAUGAGCCCAAACUGCAGCUGAAGUCGGAGAGUUCAGAAACAUCUAAAAGUAAAAAGCCUGAGGCUUUUGAAUCAGUGGAGAGCAAGAGCCAUGAGUCUUCAAAACAAGACCAAGUUCUAAAUUCCACUGAACAAAUGGAAGUUACUGCAGAGGGUCUGAAGAGGAAGUCUACCAACGAAGGAGAGUCUCUGCUCAGUCCUGAGAAAAGACCCCGCAUUGUGGACCACCAGUUAUUUCGGACCCCACCUAAGGACUUUCCCAGAAACAAAGAUGAGCCACAUGAACUCAAAGUCCCACCUCUUAAGAUUUCAGUCUCAAGAAUCAGACCUGUGCCUACCCAGACUGGUCAGGUCUCUCCAAGGGCCACUUUCCCACCGCUCGUCACUAGUCCUGGGAGAACUGGAGCCAGGACUCUUGCAGACAUCAAAGCUAAAGCUCAACUUGCCAAGGCACAGCGGGCCGCAGCAGCCGCAGCUGCAGGUGGAGCAGUUCCAGGCCCAGGUCCAGGGGGAGGGAGUGGAGGGGGAGGAGGGACUGGGACUGGGAUCAGUAGAAUCUCAGGACAGGGGAGCACACUGGACAUGGACAGAACUGGAGGCAGGAGAGGUAUUGGAGGGCCCUUGUUUAAUAGUCCAGGACAGCAACCCAGAAAAUGUGCAGAGGCAACGGCCAAGGCCCCAACCAGUAUGGAUGCAAGAACACAAUUACAGCAAGCCCCCAUGGCGCAGUGCAUACCUGCAGGUAGCAGUACAGACCCCAGCAAAUCCACAACCACAGUCACAACACCAGCAUUAACAUUAUCAAGUGUACAUACGACAACAUCUGUGACUUCACUAGCAUCCUUGCAGACAACUCCUGUGAUGACAAACAGUGCUGCAACAAAAGCCACUCCUGCUCCAAUGCAGACACAAACUAUAAAGCAGAUUUCCAGUCCAACCGUGAGGGAAGUUUUGAAACCUGUGCCUGUUUUCAGCGAUUCUGAGUAUGCAAAGGCAGCAACUCAAAGCUCAGGAAAUUUUGCAAUGCACAAUAAGCCAGGUGAAGUGAGUAAUCAGCCUUUGAUAGACUCUAACGUCAGAGCAUCAAAUGUGGACAGAAAACUGCCUGCUGAUACUUCGCUGCCCUGCAUUUCUUUCGAUACACAAAGGGGCCAUCAGGUUUCAGCUUCAGCCAAUGUGUUCGUCACAACAGCUGGUUCUAUUUCUGUGGCAUCUGGAGGCACAGCUGGAACUUUGGAAGUGGCCUCCCCAGUUUCUGAAACAAGUACAAAUGUAGAAAGCCCUAUAAUUAUAUCUACUACAUCGGCACCCUUAUUUUGCACUUCACUUGAUGUACCUAGUCUUAAAACACAAGGGCCUGUUUGUGGAACCAUACCAAAAAUGGGUUCCUCCAUCCCUGCAAAUAACCCAUUGGUUACACAGUUACUGCAAGGGAAAGAAGUGCCACUAGAGCAAUUCCUGCCUAAGCCUCUAACCAAAGUAGAGAUGAAGCCUGUAUAUCAGUUUCCUAAAACUUCACUCGACGAUAACAUGAAGAUAUCAUCUGAUGGCACAUUAGUCGUAUCCGUGACUGUGGGAAAUGCCACCACUGUGAUUCACGGGUCUGGUGAGGUAUCUACUGACCUUAUCAAAGGAAGACAAUCUGAGACAGUACCAGAACAAGUUGUUGAAUCAACCGAUCAACACAGACAACAGAAGUUGUUUGAACAGGCUUCAAAACACAGUUCUACUAAUGAAGAGCAGCAAAUCAGAGACACUGAUCAAGACUGCAGUCAACCAGAAACGCUCAACAGCACAACACAAGAGAGGAUACAGCAGGCCAUCCUGAGCAAUGUGCAGAGUCAAAUCUUAGUUCCUGUGUCUUUACAGCACGAAGUCAACAGUUCAGCUUUUUCCUCUGCAGGUGCUUCGGUUGGUCAAAGAUCGAGAUUUGGUUUGAUGGGGACAAAGUCUGCCCUUAAGCCAGCUGUAUCUGGUCAUUACCUUCUUAAUACAGCUACCUAUGGAAGAGGUUCCGAGAGCUGGAAAAGAGCCCAUGUUCAGAGCACUGAGACUCAUGUUGGUAUAAAUGGUUUGGUAGAAACAUCUGAGAAGGAUCUUAAGGAAGACAGAGCAAAACAAGUUGAUGGUAGCGUUCAGGUGACAUCAGAAUCAAACAACAGGUCAGUGUCCUGUCAUCCUCCAUCUGUGUUAAUCAAAACAGAGCAGGAUCCCACACAAAUGGGUGAUGUCUGCCCUCGAGUAGAUAAUUUGUCCAGUGGAUAUUUGAAAGUGGAAGCACCCACACAUGAAUAUAAACACACUGGAAAGGAGAACACUCCUUUACUGCCUCCUGCACAUGUGGCUGGUAUAUCUGUGACUAAAGAAUUCUAUCAGGGAAUCCAGUCAAAUUUAGCUCAUGUUGGUGGUGGAAAAUCAAUGCAGAGUCAUCAAGACCCUUACAGGAUAUCCAGCUUAUCUGUAGGAUUUCAACAGCCUACCCAACACCAACAAAAGUUUCCCCCUUAUGGAGGAAACCGUGCAAGUUCCCAGUUUGCAUUUAGACCUGUUCAUAGUAGCAGUAUCAAUGUUCCUUCUGUUUCAUCUGUAAACCAUUGCUCCACAGUCACAGGAAUGUCUGUGUACAGCCAAGUCUCAAAUAACUCUGGAAAUAUGGUGUCAUUCUCCGUUACUGUGACAACACUUCCUGCUGGUCAGUCAAUAAAUACGAGCAGCCAAUCUGCCCAAACAUUUCCCGAAGGUGGCAACAUGGAGGACUCACCUUCCAAAUGUUAUUGCAGGCUUAAAGCCAUGAUUAUGUGUAAAGGAUGCGGGGCAUUUUGUCAUGAUGACUGCAUCGGACCAUCUAAAUUAUGUGUUUCUUGUCUGGUGGUACGAUAAAUAAACAUGUUUUUCUUCAUUAAAAAGAAAUUUAUCUGAACUGGCGUAUGCCAUGCACAAAAGAAAUGUUCAAUCAGGAAAAAAGUUUAUAUCAAGUUUAUUAACAAUGGCACCUUUUUCUAAGCUUCUUUGGCUGGUAUGUGUUAAAUGAGACAGAGUUUGCACUAAAGAUCAUGUUCAGAUUUUAUUGUUCUAUUUUUUCAAACAAAAUUUUGAACAGCAGCGAACAGGGUAACUAAUAGAGACUUGUUUGAUAUAUUAUUUAAAUACCUGCUCAUAUUAACAGGGACCCAGUAUAUUUUAGCUUUCCCCCCCCCCCCGCCCCCAACCUUUGGCCUUGAAUAAAUUGACGUGAACAAGCAAAUUUGAAAUUUGCAUAGCCAGAAAACACGGCAUUUGCUGACAUCAUUUCUUCACCCUGAAGUAAGAAUUGUGAGUAUAAGUUAUCCACGCUAGGGGCCUGGGUAAUGAACUUUCAACUUUUCAGUAGGUGGGCUGGUUAGUUAGAAUCUGAUUACUGUUGAACACAAAACUGAAUCUGCUUGUUAAUUGCUGUGCUUGGUUUUGAAUUUAUGAGAUUGGCAAAUGUUAGGAUACAGUUAAUGCAGCCGCAAUGUCAGCAAGUAAAAUUAAGUACAAGUCAGGAACAUAAGUCUCUAGAAUUUGUAAUGAACUAUAGAGUAUGUGCUGACAUCAAGUUACUGAAGAAUGAACUGCACCAUUACUGAAUCUAAAUGAGGAAAGUCUCCACCAAUCUGCUGGAUCAGGCAGCACAUUUUUAAAAAUGUUAACCAUCAGAUUGUAUUUGAAGAUCAGCAAAACCCAAUUGAGUAUAAUUCAAAAAGUGCAACUUUGCCAAUGGUCAACAUGAUUAAGAAUGUCACAGUAUAAGCAUAUUGAAAAAUCCAUGAAGAUUGCAUUGUAUAUUUUCUUACAGUAUUUCUAAACUAUUUUGAUAUCUCAAUGCAAGGAAUGAGGAGACUAUAAUAGGAUUUUAAUCUGUUCCAUUUCCAGGAAAAGAUAUAGGAUAAAUUGUGUUGAGGAAUUUCCAGAUUAUUAGUUUCGUACUUUAAUGACUAUAUUUAAAAAUAUGUAUUAUAAUAAUUAUGUCCUAAUGUGUGUCAUAAAAAAAUCUUUCCUAAAUGACAAAUUAUUGAUCCAAGCCCUAGAAUGGCAUGUCAGACAAGCUCUGUCUGUGAAAUGACAAAAGUGAAGCUUUUAUUUUCUGACAGCUAAACAUCUAGUUCUUAGAGAUAUCUCAGUUUCUUGAGGAAAGCAACAUGCUGAUGAUCAAAUCAGUAGUAAACAGCACAGCUUAAAUUCAAAAUUCUGGCAUACUAGUGUUGCCCACAGGCCAAAUCCUGGCCUUGGAAUAAAUUACCUGCGGUCAACAAUGCCCUUCCAACAGUAAUGGAGCACAAGUGAAACCUGGUAACAGAUAAUUACAAUUGUCUAUGACUUCAGUAGAUUUUAGAGAGCACCUAUGAUUUUUGAAGCAUGGAGCAGAAAGAUUGGAGAGGUUAAAGACAGAUCUUGCAGUGGACGAUUUUGUUUUAAGGGGCCAACAAAACAACCUGAUUUGUUGAUAGUGGCAAGGUCUUUUUCCCCUCCUUUUUAAUAUUGUUAAUAUUUGUUUUGAAAAGGGCUGUAAGAAUAGUAUAAAUCUUCUCACUGCUUCUUGUUGUCUUUGAAUUCUGUCUUUUGAUGCAAAUUUUUGAGGCUCUAUUGAAUUAAUAAUGGAAGAUAUGUAAAAAUAAAUUAGGCCUAUAUAUAGUUUUAAAAAAAAACUUUUUUCACAAAUACCAAUAUAAAAAUCACUAUUUUUAAAAUAAUUAAAGAAUUUUUAAAGAAUUUAAAAGAUAAACAAUGUUUCUUUUACUUUAUAUUGGUUGCACAUCAUGUUAUGUUAAAAGGAAAUAAGUGGCAAAAUAUUUAACAUUUACUUCCCAAUAGAAGAAAUGCAAAUAAAUUCACCCAACGGCAGAUAUAAUAAGGUUGCAUUGUCAGUAACAUUGAAAAUACUCAGUACUUAACUAUAUCAGUAAAUGGUCUAUGUUGUCAUAGAGGCAAUUGAAUUUUUGCCACUUCACGCCACUUGUAAAGAACAUAGAAUCUUUAUUUCUGGUAUUGUCUUUCUUGUUACAGAUUAUAUUUUUCUCUCAAAAAUUUUAAAUGCCUGUUCUUAUAAUGGAGAAUGUACAUUCAAAAUAUAGCUCCUGUAUGAAAUGUAUUUUAUCACCAGAUCAACAGCAAAUAAAGAUAGCUGUUAUAUCA